UUGAAUUAGGUUGCUUUUUGACGUCACAACAAUAUGCACGAGGGGAGAGGAGACAAAUUUUGAAAUUCACAUCUUCUUCCCUCUCGUUUAUAAUUAAUAAUAGUAAAAGAACCACGCACACAAGAAGAUCUUUUAAAUUUUGUGUCCCUUGGAUUUACUAUGGAAUCAGACAAAUCAGAUGAAGAAAGUGAUAAUGAUGUCCCAUCAUCAAUACUUGGAACCAAGAAUUUUUGGGACCAGCAGUACAUAACAGAGCUUGAAAACUUCAAAGAUCAUGGGGAUAUCGGAGAAAUAUGGUUUGGAAAAAGAAUCAUGGAUACAAUUGUAAAAUGGGUUGCAGACAAGUUCGAAAAAAAUAUGAGCAUUCUAGAUCUUGGCUGUGGUAAUGGUGUACUUCUUAUUCAAUUGGCUCAAAAAGGAUUCCAUAAUCUCGUUGGGGUCGAUUACUCGGAAUCGGCUGUCGUCUUAGCCAGAGCCAUUGCAGACAGUCGUCAAGCAAAAAUUUAUUAUAAGACCAUGGAUGUGCUUAGCGAUGAUUUGGCUGAUCCUCAGGACCACAUGAAAUAUGAUUUACUGCUGGAUAAAGGGACGUUUGAUGCCAUUUCACUGAUGGAAGACUUCGGCUCAGCGAUCCGUGAGCGCUACCUCAAAACUACAUGCAGUCUGUUAAAGGAAAACGGACUCUUUCUCAUAACUACUUGCAAUUGGACGAGCGAGGAGAUUGUGCAUCACAUGGCAACACACUAUAGUCGCACGGAAGUUCUACCAACUCCUUCACUGCAGUUUGGAGUUGUCUCAGGUGAAAAUGCUGCUGGUUAGUAAAAUAUGCUCAGCCGUCCUUCUGGCUGUAUUCAGACUUUUUGCUGGACUGCUACCACUAAAAGUCCACCGAAAACUGGAGAAGUGGAGUCGCCGCGGUGAAGGGCAAAAUGGAAGUCGACGAAGGGAUCGCGUAGAAAUGUUUCUGUCCAUGUUCCUUUGCUUUGGUGCUGGACUGCUCUUAUCCACCUGCUUCGUUCACAUGGUCCCAGAGGUAAGGGUGUCGUUCGUUCAGGCAUCAAAGGUUGGUAAUUGGCCAAUAUUGGAACAAUUUCCUUUUGCCGAAAUUGUCAUCUGCAUAGGUUUCUUUGCGGUUUAUCUACUAGAAGAGCUAGGGGAAAAACUGAUCAAACAUGAUCCACCUGAAGAAACGGGCCAUGAAAUGGUCCCAGCCAAAUCUCAGUCGUUACUCGGCCUGGAUGGCGGUAGAAGAAGUAGCAUUCAUCACAGUCACGGAGACCAUGCUCAUUCACAUGGACCGGCAUUAUCCGCCGAAGAGCAGAAAUCCGUCACUGCGGCGAUCCGCGGAUUCCUGCUAGUAGCCGCCCUGUCAUUUCAUUCGAUUUUUGAAGGAAUGGCCAUCGGUUUACAACCAACCCAGAGCGACGUCUGGUUUCUUUUCACUGCCGUCAUCGUUCACGAACUUGCCAUCAUGUUCUGCAUCGGGAUGGAGAUGCUGGCGUCUAAACUCCGCGUUCUCCUCUACGUCAUUUACAUGGUAGAGUUGGGAUUAAUCACUUCGGUGGGUGUUGGCGUCGGGAUUCUCGUCACAGAGUACGUCCACGAUCCUUCGGCUACCCAUUUGCUAGUAAUCGCCAUUCUGCAAGGUAUUGCUACUGGAACUCUUCUCUACGUAACGUUCCUUGAAGUGCUGGAACGUGAACGCCAUAAACCAGGAAACGGACUUGUUAAGUUAGCAGCCAUCGCCAUCGGAUUUUUCCUACUUACUACCAUGGAAACGUUUACUGGACAACAUGAGACUACUACGAGCACCACGCCAUAUCCUCCAGUUGAUUACGUUGCAAUGAAUCAGUCGUCUGUCGAACCGUUUGAAGAAACAACGUUGGAUCUACCAGAUAUUCUUAACGCCACUUUAGCUUUUCUUAAUGUUACGCUAGCUUAGUCAACCUUCUUCCAAAUGCACGGUAACCGUCGAGAACGGAAAAUGGUUUGCUUAUUAUCAAACAAUCCUUAUUACUUUCAAUUAGAAAUGUUUAAUCCUACAUAAUCAAAAUUGUCCUUCGAUGUGAAUUCAAUCCGCAAUUGCAAAUUUUUCUGAUCUCGUAUAGAGCGAAAUAAGAUGCGCCGAAAGAAUCGGACUUCCAAUUCUGUGAAAUACGUGAUUGGUGACUUUCAGUUAUCAAUUUUCAUCGAAGCGUAAUGUCUGUAAAGUUUCAAUUGAAUUUUAUUGGUGCCCAAAUAUAAACUUUGUGUUUAGCAGCAUAAUAA